CCCCCAUCACUGAGCCGUUCCUCCUCCGACGCUGGUACAUCUUGAAGAGCUGGUACACAACAAAACCGUUGCACGCCACGAUAGCCAGCACCAGCACUAACAUCACAGUGGCAUACAGAAUGAGCUCAGGCACUUUGGUACUGCAAAACCCCGAAGCUGAUCAAGUGUUGAAGUUAUGGGAUGUUACCUCCUGUGCCGGCCUGCUGUCACUCAGCCACCUCUGACCAAUGAGAGCAGGCCUAAACUCCUCCUCCUCCCGGCAGAGUAUCAGAGGCUCGGCGGAGAAGAGGAGAGGUCUCCUUCUUUCUGCUGCACUCUCUCUGAGUCCAUCUGUCCCCCUCUGCUGCUGCUCCCUCUCAUAGUGCAGAGCUGCUCAAUCACCCCCCGGUCUACAAUGGAGAGAGGGGAAAUGUUGGCUGUGUGUCUGCUCUGCUUGAGCUGCAGCGUGUGUGUGGUUACAGCCAUCCAGAGGGCUGAUCUGUUUCCUUAUGGCACUUUGAGUGGAGAUUUGAUUUUGGCAGAGGGCGACGAUGAAACCUCCAGAGUGCUGUCCCUGCCCAAACCCUUAUACUUCUACGACUCCCUCUUCUCCCAGCUAUACGUGGCUACCAAUGGUAUCAUAUCAGCCCAGGACCUGCCGAUGGAGAAGCAAUAUGUUGACGAUGGCUUCCCCACAGAUUUCCCCGUGGUGGCCCCUUUUCUGGCAGACAUUGACACCAGCAGAGGACAUGGACAGAUCUACUACCGGGUGACCGAAACACCCAGUGUACUCAACCGAGUGGCCCAGGAAGUACAUAGAGGGUUCCCAGAUGCAAAGUUCACACCCACACAUGUUGUGGUGGCUACAUGGGAGAACGUCGCAGCAUAUGAGGAACAACCUCGAGCCACUGGACUGUCAAACAAGGUCAAUACGUUCCAGGCAGUAAUUGGUUAUGAUGAGACUGACUCCUACGUUAUCUUCCUUUACCCCGAAGAUGGCCUGAACUUCUUUGGGACUCGACCCAAGGAGUCUUAUAAUGUUGAGAUAGAGCUUCCCGCGAGAGUUGGCUUUAGCAGAGGAGAGGUCACAUAUCUGAUCUUCUCUCGGACUGAAGGUCCUUACUACAGCGUUACCAGCAAUGAGCAGAGUGUUAAAAAUCUCUACCAGGUUGGUAACACAGGAAUUCCAGGUGUUUGGCUUUUUCACACUGGAAACCGUUACUCUUUUGACAACGUUGUUCCUGCAUCCAUCGGUGGCCUCCUUGCUACUCCACCACCUGGAGGACAUGGCCUCUCCUUGGACACCACCACCCCUGAGUACACUGAGUUUGAUGAAUAUCCAGACAACACUUGGAGGAACCAGGACGAAGAAGAUGAUUACCCUCUGACAGGCGGGGACCCUGAAUUCCAGCCAGCUCCUGGUGGUGGUGACCACUCAGAGUCCCUUCAACCAGAAAGUCCUGAAACUCCCUCCUCCCCUUCAGAGGAUUCAGGUCAUCAGGUGUCAUAUGGUAGCGAAGAUGUACCAUUAACCUCUGAACCCAGGUACAGUUCAGAGCCAGCAGAAAGGCAAUAUGCUCCACCUAAUCCUGUAGAAAGAGUCCCAGAGGGAGAUGCUCAUCACACUCAGGAGCAGCAGCCACAGGUCCCCCUGGAGGUGGUGGAUGUCUACCCCCCUCACAGAAAUGAGCCACCUCUUUCUCCCGGAGGUCACGUGGUCAGCGUGGAUGAAGACGAUGUUAAUUUUGACACAGGAGUGAUUCAGUACACUACAGAGAAUAAAGAAACAUGUGCCAGAUUCCAGCAGCAGUGCUCCCAGAAUGCCUUUUGCUCCGAUUACGCCACUGGCUACUGCUGUUCCUGUCGGCCUGGCUUCUAUGGAAACGGACGCCACUGUCUACCUGAGGGUGCUCCGCAGCGUGUCAGUGGUAAGGUGAGCGGAACAGUGACCGUAGGUUCGACUCCGGUGCAGCUGAACAACAUUGAUCUUCACGCCUACAUUGUGGUGGGAGAUGGGAGAGCGUAUACUGCCAUCAGUGAGGUACCUGAGCCAGUGGGCUGGGCUCUGAUGCCAGUUGCACCAAUUGGAGAGCUAUUUGGAUGGUUGUUUGCUCUGGAGCUUCCAAAUAGCCAAGCAGGAUUCAAAAUCACAGGUGCUGAGUUCACUCGUCGUGCAGAGGUGGUAUUCUACCCUGGUAGCCAGCGCCUAUCAAUCAUCCAGACGGGCCGUGGCCUUGACGACCAUAACCACCUCACCGUUGAUACUGUGGUGAGAGGCAGCGUGCCCUUCUUGCCCCCCGGAGCUGAAGUCACCAUGGAUCCCUUCAAGGAGACCUAUCAGUAUUAUCCAUCUGUUGUUACCUCCACCUCUGUGAGGGAGUUUUCAGUGGUUUCGGCAGAGCGAGGCACAGAGUCCUUCUCCUUUCAGCUGAAGCAGAACAUCACAUACCGCGACUGUCAGCAUGACAGCCGCGCUGCCACCCCAGAGACACUGCAGAUCACCAUGGAGAGGGUGUUUGUGAUGUAUGUCAAGGAGGAGCGGAUCCUGAGAUACGCCAUCACCAACAAGAUCAGCCCAGUUGGAGUUGAGCCAACAGGGCCGGAGCUGGUCAACCCCUGCUAUGCUGGGAACCAUGACUGCGACACCACGGCCCAGUGUAUCCCGCUAGAGGGACAGGCCUUCCAGUGCCAGUGUGCUACUGGUUACAGAGGGGAUGGACGCAACUGUUAUGAUAUAGAUGAGUGUGCUGAGGGCUUGAGUUCAUGUGGUGCUCAUGCUCAUUGCAUGAAUUUGCCUGGUAGCCAUCGGUGCCAGUGCCAGAGUGGCUAUGAGUUUGGCUUUGAGGGACGUACCUGUGUUGAUAUAGAUGAGUGCAUCUCCUCUCCAUGCCACAUCAAUGCCAGAUGUAUCAAUGGACUGGGUUCCUUCCAGUGUUUGUGCCGGCCUGGCUUUUAUGGUGACGGCCUCUAUUGUUCCCAGCAGGCAGGACAGACCGCUCGCCCAAAGAGCCAGUGCGAGCAGCACAGAGACAGUCUGCAGAGUGGGGUAGAACAAGGUGGUCUACCGAGUCUUGGAGCCUUCAUUCCUCAGUGUGACUCUGACGGGCGGUACCGACCACUGCAGUGUCAUGGCUCCACUGGACAUUGUUGGUGUGUGGAUAGUCGAGGCCAGGAGAGAGCAGGGACCAGAACUCCACCUGGCACAGCACCCAAAGACUGUGACAAACCUGAUGAACCAGAGCGUCCUAAAACUCACUGUGAGCACCACAGAGACAGUGUGCAGACUACCAGUCCAGAGGGAUAUCCUAUUGUUGGAGCCUAUGUACCUCAAUGUGAUGAUAAUGGGCAGUACAUACCACUGCAGUGUCAUGGUUCCACUGGACAUUGUUGGUGUGUGGACAGUAAUGGACAGGAGAGAGCAGGAACAAGAACACCACCUGGUACAACGCCCACAGACUGUGACAAACCAGAUGAACCAGAGCGUCCUAAAACACAAUGUGAGCACCACAGAGACAGUGUCCAGACUACCAGUCCAGAGGGAUAUCCUAUUGUUGGAGCUUAUGUACCUCAGUGUGAUGUGAAUGGACAGUACAGACCAUUACAAUGUCAUGGUUCUUCUGGACAUUGUUGGUGUGUGGACAGCAGGGGACAGGAGAGACCAGGAACCAGGACUCCACCUGGUACACAACCCAGAGACUGUGACAAACCAGGUGAACCAGAGCGUCCUAAAACUCACUGUGAGCACCACAGAGACAGUGUGCAGACUACCAGUCCAGAGGGAUAUCCUAUUGUUGGAGCCUAUGUACCUCAGUGUGAUGAUAAUGGGCAGUACACACCACUGCAGUGUCAUGGCUCUACUGGACACUGCUGGUGUGUAGACAGUAGGGGGCAGGAAAGAGCGGGAACCAGGACAUCACCUGGUGCGCCACCUACAGAUUGUGACAAACCAGUCGAGCCAGAGCGUCCUAAAACUCACUGUGAGCACCACAGAGACAGUGUGCAGACUACCAGUCCAGAGGGAUAUCCUAUUGUUGGAGCCUAUGUACCUCAAUGUGACACUAAUGGACAGUACACACCACUGCAGUGUCAUGGUUCCUCUGGACAUUGUUGGUGUGUGGACAGUAGGGGACAGGAGAGAGCAGGAACCAGGACUCCACCUGGUACACAAGCUGUAGACUGUGACAAACCAGUGCAACCAGAGCGUCCUAAAACUCACUGUGAGCUGCACAGAGACAGUGUACAGACUACCAGUCCAGAGGGAUAUCCUAUACCAGGAGUGUUUGUACCUCAGUGUGAUUCAAAUGGACAAUACACUUCUCAGCAGUGUCAUGGUUCUUCUGGACAUUGUUGGUGUGUGGACAGUAGGGGACAGGAAAGACCAGGAACCAGGACUCCACCUGGUGCACCCGCUGUAGACUGUGACAGACCAGAGCGUCCUAAAACUCAAUGUGAACAGCACAGAGGCAGUAUACAGACUACCAGUCCAGAGGGAUAUCCUUUACUAGGAGUGUUUGUACCUCAGUGUGAUUCAAAUGGACAGUACACACCUCGACAGUGUCACAGAUCUACUGGAUAUUGUUGGUGUGUGGACAGUAGGGGACAGGAGAAAGUAGGAACCAGGACUUCACAUGACGAACCAGCUGUAGACUGUGACAGACCAGAUGAACCAGAGCGUCCUAAAACUCACUGUGAGCACCACAGAGAAAGAGCACAGGCUACUAGUUCAGAGGAAUAUCCUGUAGUUGGAGCAUAUGUGCCCCAGUGCGAUGCUGAUGGACAGUACACACCACUGCAGUGCCAUGGCUCGACUGGACAUUGUUGGUGUGUGGAUAGUAGGGGAGAGGAGAGACCAGGAACCAGGACUUCACCUGGUACACAACCCAAAGACUGUGACAAACCAGAUGAACCAGAGCGUCCUAAAACUCACUGUGAGCACCACAGAGACAGUGUGCAGACUACCAGUCCAGAGGGAUAUCCUAUUGUUGGAGCCUAUGUACCUCAAUGUGACGAGAAUGGGCAGUACACACCACUGCAGUGUCAUGGUUCCUCUGGACAUUGUUGGUGUGUGGAUGGAAGGGGACAGGAGAGACCAGGAACCAGAACGCCACCUGGUGCACCCACUGUAGACUGUGACAGACCAAUCCCUGUGGCUCCAACCCAGCGCCCUGAGAGUGUGUGUGAGCGAUGGAGGACCAGUUUGAUUGAUCACUAUGGUGGGAAACCAGAGUCACAACAGUAUUUGCCUCAGUGUGAGCCAGAUGGACAUUUCAGUCCAGUCCAGUGUUAUGGAGAGACCACCUACUGUUGGUGUGUGGACCAGGACGGCCGUGAGGUUCCUGGUACUCGAUCACAUGAUGUUGUCAAACCUGCAUGCCUUCCCUCAGUGGCUCCACCCACCGUGCGCCCAUUGCCCCGCCCAGAUGUGACCCCUCCGACAAACACUGACAUCACUCUGCUGUACGCUCAAGGGCAGAAAAUAGGGGCGCUGCCUCUCAAUGGGACCAGACUAGAUGCAGCCCGGGCCAAAACACUACUGACUCUACAUGGUUCCAUAGUCGUUGGUAUAGCUUAUGACUGCAAAGAGAACCGAGUCUACUGGACAGAUUUGUCUGCAAGAACAAUCAACAGAGCUUCAAUGGCGCCUGGAGCCGAGCCUGAGAUGCUCAUUAACACGAAUCUGGUCAGUCCAGAGGGUUUGGCAGUGGACGUCAGGCGUAGGCUUAUGUUCUGGGUCGACUCAAACCCUGACGUGAUCGAAAGCGCCAACCUGGACGGCAGCGGGAGGCGGACGCUGUUUGACUCAGACUUGGUCAACCCUCGAGCCAUCAUAGUGGUCUCCUCCACCGGCACUCUGUACUGGACAGACUGGAACCGAGAGGCCCCAAAGAUCGAGAGUUCAUCAGUGGACGGUCAGAACCGCAGGGUGGUGGUGUCAGACGGGAUUGGUUUGCCAAAUGCUCUCACGUAUGACUCUUCCUCAGGACAGGUGUGCUGGGCCGAUGCAGGUACAAAGCGUUUAGAGUGUGUAUCCCCGGAUGGUUCAGGUCGAAGAGUGAUCCACCCCAGCCUAAACUACCCGUUCAGCAUGGUCUACUACAGGAACCACUUCUAUUACACUGACUGGAGGAGGGAUGGAGUGAUCGCAGUGAGCAAAGACAGCAGUCAGUUCACCGAUGAAUACCUGCCUGACCAGCGCUCUCAUCUGUACGGCAUCGCCAUAGCAGCCAGCCACUGUUUAUCAGGGAGUCAAUAACGAUGGACUGGCGGCCGCGGGUUCCUUUGGUGCUAAAAUUCUGGGGCAAUACGUGAUCAGAGGGCAGGACCACCU